AUGGUUCACAAGAUAUCCCUCGGUGCACGAGGAGGAGGGACAAAGGUGGAUAGAGACCUCGAUGAAGUCGCACACGCUGUCGCAAAAGCAAAACGCGUGAUGGUCGUUACAGGUGCCGGAAUAUCCUGCAACGCCGGUAUCCCAGACUUCCGCAGUUCCGACGGUCUAUAUAAUCUCGCAUUAACAGACACCAUCAAAGGCAAGGAUCUCUUCGAUAUCUCCCUCUUCAACACACCAGAAACAACAUCAACCUUCUACACCUUUACCUCAAACCUCCGUCGCGCAAUCCUCGAUGCGACACCAACCCCAACCCACCGCUUCAUCCGUACCCUCAAAGAUAAAUCAAAGCUCUUGCGGUGCUACACCCAAAACAUCGAUGGCCUCGAGACGCGAGAAGGGUUGGUCGAUGGCGAAGACGUGGUGCAGCUUCAUGGAGAUAUUCACUCCCUCGUUUGUACACUCUGUCAACAAAAAGCACCUUGGACACCCGAACUCAUGGAGCAACUCCGUCUCGGAUCCGCACCAUCGUGUCUCCACUGCGAAUCUAAAUCACUAGCCAGGACUUUAUCGGGGAAGAGGGGUCUGGCAAGUGGUGUACUACGCCCCAAUAUCGUGUUAUACGGCGAAGAACACCCACAAGGCCCCACCCUAGCAACCCUCAUCAACCGCGACCUCCGCCGACGAAUCGAUUGUCUCCUCGUCAUCGGUACUUCCCUCCGCAUCCCCGGCUUCAAGAAACUCGUGAAAGACGCUGCACAAAUCGUCCACGGAUACGGCGGAAAAGUCGUAUUUGUCAAUUUGGGCGCGCCGAGUGUUAGUGAGUGGAGAGGCGUCCUGGAUUGGUGGGUCGAGGGUGAUAGUGAUGCGUGGGUCGAGGAUCUGAGAAUUCGGGCACCAGAGGUAUUCCGCGUGCAGACGACGUUGGAC